UGCGCGGAGGGUACGGACGGCUAACUAUCUCACUCUCCGAUGGGGAUCCAGCAGGAACAGCCGCCGGUGACGCCACCCCCACUAUCUACUCCGCUGCGUACUGCCACCGCCGACCUCUUUGGUGAUCCAAUCGACUCACACCCCCUAUGGUUCAAACAAUCCUCAUUCCUUAGCCCUGAUUUCGACUCGGAAUCCUACAUCUCCGAUCUACGAACUUUUGUACCCUUUGAAACCCUAAGAUCGGAGCUUCAGUCCCAUCUUUCAUCCCUUAAACACGAACUCGUAGAGCUAAUUAACCGAGAUUAUGCUGACUUCGUGAAUCUCAGCACGAAACUUGUUGAUGUCGAUGCCGCCGUUUUGCGUAUGCGGGCACCGCUCAUUGAGAUCCGUGAGAAGAUAUUGGGGUUCCGUGGGGCGGUUGAAGGGUCGCUUUUGUCAUUACAGGGUGGGCUUAGGCAAAGAGCGGAAGCGUCUGCUGCUAGAGAGAUCUUGGAACUUUUGCUUGAUACUUCUCAUGUCGUCUCCAAGGUUGAGAAACUAAUAAAGGAGCUGCAUAGUGUGCCUGCUGAUGGAUUCAAUGGAGAUCUACAGACGGCAGAAAGGGGUCAUUUAAGUAAUGGUGUCUCUAUACAGCAUGCUGAAACUGGAAUAAUUCUCAGGGAAACCCAAAGCAUGCUUUUGGAGAGAAUUGCCAGUGAAAUGAACAGGCUAAAGUUCUACUUUGCUCAUGCCAAGAACCUGCCUUUUAUUGAGAACAUGGAAAAGAGGAUACAAAAUGCUAGCUCAUUGUUGGAUACAAGCUUGGGACACUGUUUUGUAGAUGGAUUGAUACACAAGGAUGCAAAUGCAGUAUACAAUUGCUUACGUGCUUACGCUGCUGUAGACAACACCCGAAAUGCAGAAGAGAUAUUCCGCUCAACAGUUGUGGCACCUUUAGUUCAAAAGGUGAUUCCAUACAGUGCACCAGGAGUGGUUGGUGGGUCUAUUGGGGAUGAGCUUGAAGAAGACUACAAACAAAUCAAGCAUCUUAUUGCCGAAGAUUGUACAUUUUUGUUGGAGAUUUCUUCAACAGAAAAUUCGGGUUUGCAUGUAUUUAGCUUCCUUGCCAAUUCAAUACUUAAGGAGGUUCUUUGGGCAAUCCAACAGGGAAAGCCAGGGGCCUUUUCUCCUGGAAGGCCUACUGAGUUCCUGAAAAAUUACAAAUCAAGUCUAGGUUUCCUGGCUGAUUUAGAAGGAUACUGUCCAUCUAGAUCUGCUGUUGCCAACUUUCGAGCUGAGGCUGUAUAUGUAGAUUUCAUGCGACUAUGGAACAUUGGGGUGUAUUUCUCAUUAAGAUUUCAGGAAAUUGCUGGUUCUUUAGAUUCUGCACUCGUAGGUUCUGGUCUUACCCCAAUUCAGAAGUCAGAUUCUGAGCAGGGAGGUUCUCAAUACAUGACAUUGAAGCAAAGUCUUACUCUUAUGGAAUGCCUCAGAUCCUGUUGGAGAGAAGAUGUUCUUGUCAUUUCUAUCUCCGACAAAUUUCUUCGCUUAACAUUGCAGCUUGUAUCUAGGUACGCAAAUUGGUUGUCAGCUGGACUGUCUGCUCGCAGAACACGUAACUCAGGCACCAACUCUCCAUUCGAAUGGGCCCUUGCUGCUGCUCCAGAUGAUUUUGUUUAUAUAAUUCAUGAUUUAGAUCAUCUAGCUGCAGAGGUUUGUGGCAACUACGUUGAUGACGUUUUUGAGAUUCUUAAUUCCUGCUCGACCGAAGUACUUGAUCUCGUUAAACACAGCAUUUUGCAAGGUGGAAAAUCUCUUAAAGAUCUUGUCCCUUCUGUGAUUGAUUCAAUCAUCGAAACAUUAGUUGAAAAGUCUAAUGAGGAAUUGAAACAACUGCAUGGGAUAGUUGCUGCUUACAGGAUGACUAAAAAACCACCUCCAGUGAGACAUUCGCAUUACGUGUCAGGGGUGUUGCGGCCCUUGAAGGUCUUUCUAGAUGGUGAGCGAGCAUCCACGUAUUUGACAGAAGAAACCAAAGGUAAACUCGUACAAGGUGCUGCCUUCAAGAUUACUGGUCGUUACAAUGAGUUGGCUGCUGAUAUUGUCAACACGGCAAGAAAAACAGAGACUUCCCUUCAGAGAAUACGUAAAGGUGCUCAGAGGCGAGCUGGAGCAAGCUCAGACGUGUCGGACCAUAAUGUUUCUGAAACAGAUAGAAUUUGCAUGCAGUUAUUUCUUGACAUUCAGGAAUAUGGGCGCAACCUUGCGGUUCUUGGGGUUGAAGCAGCUAAAAUUCCAGCAUACCAGUCUUUGUGGCAGUUGGUUGCCCCUCAAGAUAAACAAGGUGAAAUAAGCUUCUAGUUAUAGAGUUUUUGAUUGUAAGACACAGGAAGGAGAAGGUUUGGUUUCGAGGCGCGUAAUAUACCGAUGGUUGGAGUAGUAAGAGCAACGCAUUUCGCUCGAGUCUUAGAUUUCUUGUCAGAUUGUUUUCUGUGAGUCUCAUUGCAAUAUAUAUAUAUAUAUAUAUAUAUAUAGUUUUUUUUGUUACUGAUAAUAAUGUAUUGAAGACAAUUUUGUAACUAGUGUUGUGAUUUAUCAAUGACAUUUAUAUAUAUAUGUUCUUGGGAGCC